AUGGGAAAAAGAAAGUCGAAUAUCGGUGGUCUCGCGCGAUUCGUGCUCGAAGCAAACAACAACACGCCAGAACCAUUUGCCACUUCUUCCAGCAUCAGUGUCACCCCCGCACAAGGCGCAGCAGACUCGAAAAACGAAGAGAACAUACUGGAAACCCCGGAACCUCGGCCUAAGAAGAAGCAAAAACUCCGAACGGGCCUUCUGGGUUCUGGGCUGGAGAGGAUUGACGCAACGGGUCUGGUUCCCUUUUACACGGAGGCAUCGCAGGUUCCCGAGCACCUACAAAAGUACUUUUCUCAGCGAGAACGUUUCUUCUCGCUGUACUCGUCUGGGUGUCUUCUGGACGAAGAAGGAUGGUACAGCGUAACACCCGAGAAGAUCGCAGACCAAAUUGCAGAACGAUGUAGAUGCGAUGUCGUGCUUGACGCGUUCUGUGGGGUCGGAGGGAACGCCAUCGCGUUUGCGAAGACCUGUGAGCGAGUCAUCGCGCUUGACGUAUCUCCGAUCCGUCUUGCGCUAGCGCGUCACAACGCCGCGCUUUAUGGUGUAGAAGACCGCAUAGAAUUCGUCCUCAUGGACUUCUUCUCGUUUGCGCGCACCCUGAAUAACGCCGCGAACUCGAGCCGUGCGCGGCGGAAGAUCGACGCCGUCUUCCUUAGUCCUCCCUGGGGCGGCCCGGCCUAUCUUGCCGGCUCACCAACCAAAGCCUCCGCGAAGGUGGCUGCCACAGGAGAAGAGGGAGAGGCACACGCGGAUUACAGCCUGGAGAGCAUACGGCCCGUUCAUGGUGCGGAACUCUUCAAGAUCGCGCGCGGUAUCACCAAGAACAUCGCGUAUUUCCUCCCCCGGAAUUCGAAUCUCGAAGAGAUCUCGGCCCUCGUGAAGGAUUCCUCCACUGGCGCGGCGGUGGAGAAGGUCGAAGUCGAAGAGGAGUGGAUGGGGACGAAGUUGAAAGCUCUGACUUGCUACUUCGGCGGUUUCGUGACGGGCCAAGAAAAUAUGUUCGAGGCAUAG